UCCACCCACCACCCCUUUCCUUUCCUUUCCUUUCCUUUCUACUCUUGUCUUUCUCCGGCUCUUCUUCUCCUUCUUUCUCUACUUCGUCUUUCUAGGGUUGGGUUAGGGAAUCUCAGGCGUGCUUACCUUGAAAUACGUAUAAUAUAUAUAUAUAUAUAUAUAUAUAUUAAUUAAAAAUACUUUUUAAGGGAAUAAAAUUAUGUUCCGUAUAACGCCCUCCUCUCUCUUUGAAUUCCCAAAUCUCUCCCUCGAACCUUCUAGGUUAAGUAUGCCCUGAAUUUCGUUCUUCCCUGGUAAUUUAUUUUUCUCUUCUCUUGGCUCCUUUUUGUUGUCUUUUUGAUUGACUUGAGGGAUGGCAGUCCUGGAAUGGAAAUGUAUAAUGUUCCUGAACAUGGGAAACUAGGAAACAAUCUGAUUCAAGGCGUGGAAUCAAACUUUCUUUUGACGAGCUCACUUCUUGAACAAGUUCAAACCAUGUACAACGAGGGAAACUCAGACUUUGUCAUUGAUCAGAACUUGUACUAUCCAACUGCCACCAACUAUGGUUACUAUUGUACAGGAUUUGAAUCACCUGGUGAAUGGGAGGACCAUCAUAGAUUUGGUGUGGAUGGUCCUGAAAUCCAGUACACGGGUGCAGAGACUGAAAACAUGUUUUAUGUAUAUUAUCCUCCUGGCUAUGGAUAUGCCCAGUCCCCAUAUAACCCCUAUAAUCCUUACAUACCUGGUGCUGUGAUUGGAGUCGAUAACCCAUCUUUGGGGGCUGAACAGUAUUAUACAAUUUCUCCUUAUCAAAACCCCGUAUCUUCACCUGCUUAUGCUCCUACGGUCGUUCAUCCAGAUAUGGUCCCUGAUAGUUCACAGUUCCCCUUGUUGGACACUAAUACAGCAAUUGUUGAUGGACCCAAUGGUAAUGGUGGGAAGCGUAGUCUUGCUGCAGCAUCUUCAACCUUCCCCAGAAACCCUCCAAAGCAUGCUUCAAAUCGUACAGAUUUCUCAAGUAAGGUAUCAGAAGGGACAAGGUUUAAUGCAGGCCAGAGCAAGCAAUCGGUAAACCAUGGAAGUGUUUCUUCUGGUAGUUUUCCUACCACGACAUCGUCGCAUGUUCUGCAGAAUAGAAAUGCUUCUGGAUCCAUUCAGCCAAUUGAUAACUUAUCUAGUGGAAAAUUUUUAUCUCAACAUAAUCAAGCAAAAGUUGCUUCCCAUGUCAAUAAUGUUUUUUCUGAGUUUGGAUCAAGUGCUCAUGGUCGGGCUGGAGUGGAUAACUUUCGAGCAAAGGUUCAUGUUGGCAGAACUCUUAAUGAUGUAAAUGUGAGUGCAGAUGCAUGGGGUGAACAGAACCGAGGUCGUAGAACCAACAGAUCAAAAAAUCAAUUGGCUGUUAAAGCCUACACCACCAAAGCAGGCAAUAGCAACUCGGAAGAAAAUAUCAUCAUCUAUACUGAUCAGUACAACAUGGAUGAUUUUCCGGUCAAUUAUGUCGAUGCAAAGUUUUUUGUUAUAAAGUCAUAUAGUGAGGAUGAUGUACACAAGAGUAUCAAAUAUAACGUUUGGUCUUCGACGCCACAUGGAAACAAAAAGCUUCAGAGUGCUUAUGAAGAUGCACAGACAGUGGCUGCUGGAAAAGCUGGAAGCUGUCCCAUCUUCUUGUUUUUUUCUGUAAAUGCAAGUGGUCAAUUUUGUGGUGUUGCACAGAUGAUGGGCCCAGUUGACUUUCAUAGGGAUAUGGAUUUCUGGCAGCAGGAUAAAUGGAGUGGUAGCUUUGCUGUCAAGUGGCAUAUCAUUAAAGACAUAUCGAAUAACAACUUUAGGCACAUCAUAUUAGAGAACAAUGAGAACAAACCAGUGACUAAUAGCAGGGACACACAAGAGAUACCAUAUUACCAAGGCUUGGAGAUACUGAAAAUAUUCAAAAACCUUACUGCGAGGACAUCUUUACUUGAUGACUUCAUGUAUUAUGAGAACCGCCAAAAAAUUAUGCAGGAUGAGAAAGCCAGACUUUUAGUUAGAAGCUUUGAGAGGCCAUUUGUGGCAUCUGCUUUAUAUUCUUCCCGCAAGCUAAAUUGUGUUGAGUUACCUGUGCAUGAAGAUGAGAGGAUUACUAAGCAAAAUGAGACUGACAGCUUGAAUGGAAAUGGAGCCUCUAGACCCAAGCAGGUUUCUGAAACUUCGGAUGUCAAUGAUUGGAGCAAAAAAAAUGAAAAUGCCGAGCAUGGCAUUGUUGAAACCAAAGAUGAUGUUUCAUCUACUCUAAAGAUUGGUUCACUCAGUAUAAAUCCUAAGCAGGCGAAGUGUAAACCCUUAGCUGAUGUAACUGCUUCUCCAAAUACUGCACCUACUGACAUUGUAACGGUGGGUUCAAUGCCGGUGAAAGUUAAUGGAUUAGCCAAGUCGUCUGGUUUUCUAACCGUGGGUACGAUUCUGCUUGACCCUAGGACCCUACAGCUUGACAAGGGUGAUGCUAUUGCAAAAAAAGCGCCAUAGUACUAACAAGAUGGAGGCUUGUGAGUAAUUGAGAUUUCAUUUGUGUUGCUGCAUGUUUUGGUGAUUUUGGUGUGGGCGGAUUAUUGUAAAGCUGAGCGCGUCAUACUCAGUAGUUGAUUAUAGUCAAUACCAAUUGAAGUAUUGUUCAGUUCAGCCUCUAUUAAUGUUGCCCCCUUUGUACUUCACUUGUGGUCAUUUCGAUCCACUUCCCAGUGAUGUCAAGUGUUUUGUGGGGGAGAACCCUAUCAUUACUGAAAGAAUGAUGAAAUCUAGAUAUCUUUUGUAUUACAUUGUGUCUUAAAAUUAAUUGUUUAAACGCUCAAGUUAUAAAUGAUACUUGUUACCAUUGCAUUUUCUGGUA